AUGGCCAAGAGACCACUAGGAUUAUCUAAGAGUAACAAAGCCAAGAGAGCCAAGAGAGACCAGGACAAAGCAGGUGCAGGCACCUCCAACGUGAGCUCUGCGAACAACAGCAAAGAGGGUACUCCGCAAUUGACUUUGGAAGUCGAGGAAGGUGAGGACCCUGAGGAUGAAUUGGUGCAGUUGCGUGCAAUGUGGAAAAGAUAUUUCCACGAGGAGAGACAAUCAGAACCACUGUUGAACGGUGUUAUUAACGAAUGUAAUGGUCUAUUGAUCAAGAGUGAUCAGGACGGUACUGAAUUGGAUACUGAGUAUUUAGCAAUCUUUGCGUUUGCCUUAGUCGAAUCGAUUUAUACUGAAGAUGGGUAUCAUCCUGAAAUGCAUGAAUUGUUCGAACGUGCCUUGGAAGUUCUUGACAGAGGGUUUAAACAAAAUCCUAAAGACAAAUUAUUGGGACUUACGUAUGCGAAUCUUUGCUUCACUAGGAUAAUCACUGAAUAUAUGUCUCAAUUGAAGCCUGAUAGUAAUGAAUCCGAAAAGCAAUGGGCCAUUGAAACGUUAUUAAAGGAUGCAAUGUCUAAAUUUUCAAUUUAUAAUGAAGACAUGAAGAUGACAUAUGCUGUAUUGACUGAAUUGAAUACAUUAUUAGAGUUAGUAGGUCAUUUCAAUAGUUCCAAUGCUGUUGCUGAAGAUGGUCUUGAUAGUGAUGUUGAGGAGGAUGUUGAAGAUUUAGAUGAAGGAGAAGAAGAAGACGACGAUAAGAUUGGCUCAAUUGCAGAGACCCAUCCGUUGUAUCCGUUGAGAUUGCGUUCUCGUGAUCACUUCGAAUGGGGGAGGGAACAACUAGUCGAACUAUACAAAGCAUUACCAACUGAUGAUGAUAUUAAAUUCAAGAGAGAAGUUGCCACAAUGAUUGGUGAAUUAUAUUUAAAGAAGGCAGCUGCUCCAACUAGAAAGUUUUUAAGAUUAAGAUAUGAUAACGAUGAAGAAGAAGAAGAGACGGAUACUGCCAUGUGCCAGGAAGCCCAACAAGGAGCCAUUAAAGCUAUUGCCUCGGCGUUAGAAUACUUGAGAGAUGCACAAGACCCAGACUCGACCGAUUCAUGGGUUGCCGUUGCCGAAGCAUAUAUUGAUUUGGGUAAUGUUUGUGAUAAUGAAUCGUGUGAACAAGACAAUGCGUAUGGCGAAGCUGAGAAAUUAUUACGCAAGGCUAAUAUUGCUGCUCACGGUAAGUACGAUGAAGUGUUAUCUAAAUUUGUGCAGGACCAACAAGCCGAGUAA